AUGACUUGUAUAAAAUUUCGAGAUACCCCUACAGAUACAAUAACCGAUAUAUUAGUAAAUGAUGGCAAAAUUUAUGUAUCUUCAUGGGACGGGUUUGUUUACGUGUAUGAUUUCUACACUCAAGUUUUAUUGUACAAAAUUAAAAAUUUUUCCCCAAUAUUAAAAAUGUUAUGGAAAAAUAAUCUAGUUUGUGGAGACACAGAAGGCUUUUUAAAUUUUGAAAAUUCAAAUACAAAAUCUUUUGAUAAAAUAAAUUUUAAUUUUAGAGGAAUAUCUACAAUAGAGACAUAUAAGGAUGCAUUUUUACUAUGCGGAUUUCAAAAGAGGGUUUGUAUUUUUGAUAGAUCUGGUCAAUGUACUUUUUUUAAUGUAGAAAAUAAAGUAUAUAAUUCUAUAUUAAGCGAUAAUGAUUUAAUUCUUAAUUUUGGAUUUAAAAUAGGUUUUUAUGAUUUAAGAACUCUAAAGAUUUAUAAAGAAGUGGUGAAUAAAAAAAUUAUUAGAUCUUUGUACAAAAAUGCAGAUAAAUUAUAUAUUGGGGAUAUUGAAGGCAAGCUGAAAAUUCUUAAUAUUUUUACAAAUGAUGAGAUUAUUGUUAAUGCGCAUUUUGAAAUAUUAAAUAAUACAAAAAAAUGCUAUCCUGUAAAUUCUAUUAUUUAUAAUAAUUAUCUUUAUACUGGAGGAAGUGAUGGUAUAGUUAGUAGAUGGAAAGAAGAAGACAAACUUAAAUCAAAAAUUUUUUUUAAAAAUAAUCAUGGGGUUCUUAAAAUAACUUCAUAUAAUGAUAAACUUAUUAUUGGCUGUGGCUAUAAUUACGAAAGAGGACGCGCAAAUACUGACGAAAAUUUUAUUUUUAUGUUGUAA